GUACGUGUGUCUACUAACUGUCUAUAUAGAAGUGAUUAGUCUUUAGUGUUUACAAUUACAACAAUAAAAUUGAACAAUUUAUUGUCUAAUAAUAAUGUUUUAUAAAUAACAAACCCAAACCAAAGUAUUUGAAAGUUCUAAAUGUUCUAAUCAUAAUUCAUAUUUCAUAUUUAGUAGUUCGUGUAUAAAACUUGUAAUAAAAUAUGUAACAGCGUUAAAUAACACUUGUGUUGUUUCAUCGUUAUUUAACUGUACAUUGGCGAAAUGGAAGGAAAGAAACAAAUUGAUUUAAAAAAAGAAUUUGGUCAUUAUGCUACCAAGUAUAAAAGUUUAAACCCUUUCAAUGAAAUAGACUCAAAAAAACUUCUCAAAGAAAGAUACAAACAAAAUUUAGACGAUUCCAAACCGUUGGAAGAUGAAGAACCGACUAAAACUGUCACCGUGGAAUUAUUCAAACAAAUCCCAUUGYUAGAGGAUAUAAAUUUGACUAAAUCAGAUCCUUUGUGCAAUAUGCCAAAACUUUCUGAGAAAGAAGCUGUACGUAGAGUGAGGAACAAAUUUAUACGACUUCAAUUGUUAUACGCACAAGAAUACAGAUAUUUAUUAUAUAAGUAUCGAGUAAAACGUCGUGAAUACUUAAUAAAUAAAAAAUGUGAUUCUGAGUCAUAUGGACAAUUAAAUAAAUCAACAAAAUGGACCAAUGAUGAAGAAUAUGCAAAAUUCCGUAAGCUAAAACUUUUGCAACACUAUCAAAAAAUGACAAUAGGGCAAGAGGCAGUAGUAUUUAAAACAGCAAUGGAUAGAAAAAUAAGAGCAACUUCAUUACUAAACAAUAAGGGAAAGUCACAUCUUCCACAUUGUACAUAUGUAGAAAUGGGUAUAAAAUGCACAGGAAAAAUGAUACCAAAAAGUAAGUAUUGCAAGAAACAUAUCCUCAAAGAUCCAAAGCAAAUUUUAUUCAGAGCUUGCAAUGUUCUUCAAAGUGAUAACCAGUGCCAAGAGCCAAUUGUCAAUUUUGAUACCAAAUCUACAUGCGUUUUACAUGAAAUAUUGCCAAUGCUUCGAGAUUAAAUAUUUAUCUAUAGAUAUACUGAGUAUAUUUUAUGUACUUCAAUUUAAGACCCCUACUG